GCAAGAAUCAGCAUAGUGGCGCCUCACAGGGUGCUCGCUCACCAAUUGAUGCCAACCCAUGCACUCAUGAGGCACCUGCACCAGUGGCUACCGCUCUCGCGUUCCCCCCGCACCAUCGGCAAAUUCCACCAUCUCACCAACACGACAAAGAGCACCGUCUCGAACAGGCAUUCGACGAAAACGAGGAAAGCGAGGACGGCAACGCCCUGCAAGAAGCCGCCAACUGCUGACUCACCGUACGCAGACAGACUCGCGACCAAGACGAUUAAGUGUGUUGAGAGCAACGCUGUAACCUCUGUAAGCGACCACACCUUAAUUUGGUCCUGAAGACGGAUGGAGGAAAGCAAGCAGACCGACGGAUGUUUAAGAAAGAGAUAGCGUCGUCACCAACCGAAAGGGCCCGCAAAUAACGUGGCAACACGUCGAGCGAUGCCAGAGCAGCCUGCAGAUUAAUUGUGCGCCGAGAUGGAGCGGCGCUAAUAUACGCGAGAGCUCUGUCCAUUAGACUGCUUUGCCGUCUCAACGGUUGUUGACUGGACUUCAUGCUCUCAUACUCGUGUCUCGAUGCGUUCUGGUCCUCGUGAGUGGACAGUUGGUCGAUUCUCGUACUUUCGUCAGCCGAGGGGGCAUUGAUGCUAUUGUUGGAGCAAGGCCGCCUCGCCUUUUGCCUCCUGUCUCUCAGGAAUCUUCGAGCGGAUAUAUACAAAAGUAUCCCUGCGGUGCACAAGAAACGAAAAAAGGGGAGGAUUCACGGGAAGGAUCGAAGGUGUUCAUCUGUGAACAGCUCACAUACAGAAUGGCAUAGACAAAUCACUCAACAGGUCCAUGCUGUCAAAAGGAAAGUAGGCAGCCAGCCGAUUGUGUGGCGGAGAAACAAGAAGAGAGCGUUUCAUCCUCUGUGGCCGGGCCGCUUACAGUGAGAUCAACACGGACCAAACGAGCUUUGCUGAUAUGCUCUCCAUCUUGGCCUGUAACAAUCGAGGGAAGAUUCUCGGGACAGUUUCAACUGACAUUCAUGGGCUUCAAAUCAGAUCCUUCGGAGCACAACGCACCUGUAGCAAUCUUGGAAGAAUUACGAAGACGAACGCAAUUGGAAUAGGCAGAUGAGCGCUGAGAGAAAAAGACAACAAGCAUUCUGAACGCGCGCCCACACGCGUCUGGGGAGGCCGAUUAUGUGACUGUGAGCGAAGAUUACUUGAGAGUUGGUGGGCCGUCCUGCAGAUGAGUGACAAUCGAUUCAGAGCUCUUCAGUGGUAUCUUGCCUUCAUCGAUCGGGCGAGUUUGUUGAUCAACGACACCAAUGGCCAGAGGAUGGCAACCAAAGUGAGCGCCAGCUGGGUCUUUGCCUCGUCUGUCGGCGCCGGCACUCUGCAAACGGGUCCGGAUCACAGAAGGUCUCUCUCAAGGGUAUGGGAUCAAACUUGCUUACAUGGCGUAAGGGAAGAAAGAGACAAGCCCACCCACAGCUAAUAUGCCUAGCGCACAGACCGUGCCCGCAGAAAUUGCGUAGCGCCAUUUACGUCUGACCCCCAGCGACUCAGCAGCAGCGCGGAAGUGUGCGUACGGCCACAGAAUCACAGUAAUCAGUUCCAGGGCAAUAAGCACUUUCUGCAACAGUGGGAUGUCCCACUUAGCAUGAUAGCUGACACGAAGCAAAGUGCUGAAGAUUAGUGGAGCAGCUGCCAUCCACCAGCACUUCUUAGCCCUGGACAUAAUGUUGAGUCCAUCCGUAAGGUGAAGGAAGAAUAAGAAGAGCGCUAAAUAUGCAAUGACCCGUUUGAUGAUGUCGAAGGCUGGCCCCAUCGUCUUGGACCGGCAGAUUCUGCCCAGACCGACCACGUAGAGGACGAACACGAAAGCCAGCUUGAGAGCCGUCAU